CUUGCCCCCCUCCCCGCCUCCCUCCCCGCCCCACUGGCUGCUCCCCGCCCGGCCGGCCCCGCACGGCAGCGCCUAUAAGGCCGCCGCGCCUCAGCCCCCCUGGGAUUUUGGGGGGUCCGACGAAAGGGGAGGUUUGACGGCGGGGGGGGCCCGGGGCGGGCGGGGGGGGGUAAGGAGCCGCGAGCCUCCCUGCAUGGCCAAGGGAUUAUGAGCGCCGGUGAGUUGCAGCAGGCUCAGCCCAGACCCUCGGCGCCGGCGGCCGCCCCCGUGCCCCCGCAGCCCCGCAGCGCUCAGGAGGCCCCCGAGAUGGCGGUGUACUGCAGCGAGAACUUCAGCGUCUACCCCCAACCCAGCCUCCACCCGCCCGGCGCCGCCGCCGCCGCCGCCGCGGCCGCCGCCGCCGCCGCCGCCGCCGCCGCUUCGUCGGGGCAACGGGCGGGAGGGUACGCGCUGGGGGACUACGGGGCUCCCGCCAACGCCGGCUACCUGUGGGGCAUGAACAGCCCCGCGCCCUACCUGCAGGGCCCGCCCGGCUCCGGGGCCGCCGCGUCGCCCUUCCUGCCGCCCGCCUCGUACGGCUGCUCGCGGGGCGGCCAGCUGGUGGGCUCGCCCUCGGGGCCCGGCUCGCCGUCGGCGGGAGGCGCGGAGCUGAGCUGGCUGAGCCUGGCGAGCCAGGAGGAGCUGCUGAAGCUGGUGAGGCCGCCCUACUCCUACUCGGCGCUCAUCGCCAUGGCCAUCCAGAGUGCUCCCGAGAGGAAGCUCACCCUCAGCCACAUCUACCAGUACGUGGCCGAGAACUUCCCCUUCUACAAGCGCAGCAAGGCGGGCUGGCAGAACAGCAUCCGCCACAACCUCAGCCUCAACGACUGCUUCCGCAAGGUGCCCCGUGACGAGGACGACCCCGGAAAAGGAAACUAUUGGACCUUAGAUCCCAACUGUGAGAAGAUGUUUGACAACGGGAACUUCCGGCGCAAGCGCAAGCGACGCUCAGAGCCCAACACCCCCGCGACUACAGCUGCGGCCUCCUCGCUCGGGGGCCUGAAGGCCGAAGAAGAGCGACCCAUCCCAGCCUCAGGCAAACCCUGUGGAAACAGCCCACCCCCAGAGCUGGACCCAUCGCCUUCUGCCAGGGACCAUCCCAAAAGCUCCUCUCCCUCCGGUAUCAUUUCAUCCACCCCGAGCUGCCUCAGCACCUUCUUCAGCGGCAUGAGCUCGCUGAGCGGCGGAGGCAGCCGGCUGACGGGGGGGCUCAGCACUGACCUGCAUCACAGGAACUUCUCUGCUGGACAGCUGAGCGGCGGCACUUUCACCCCUUCCAGCAGCUCAUCUCAGGAGGUGCCUUCACCAGAACAGCUGCAGCGAGUGGCGGGACCUUCCCCUGCCUACUACAGCUCCUUCCAUCCCAGCAGCGGCAGCCAGGGCGCCCAGUACAACCACUACUACAACUUCACAGUCAACAGCCUCAUCUACACCCGAGAUGGAACGGAGGUGUAGGACGCCGGGGCAGUGCUGCAAAGGGAAUGGGAGAUGCAGGUGUGUGCGUGGCAGCAUGGAGGACCGUGUGCUUUUGCAAACAGCAUUUCAAUGUGGACGCUUCCCGGGAGUUCGUCCAGGAAAAACAGAUCUUCUCACCUUUCCAAGCAAAAACACCCCACAAACACCAGCAAAAGGCAGAUGCAAAAUCUUUUCCCCGUCCUGGAAAUUGUUAGGUGCUUUGGGUGGCUUUGCCAUCUCCAUUCCGCAGAUGAAAGUGAACUGAAUUACCAUUUUCAGAGGUUUUUAAUCUUGAAUGUAGAAUACGAAGUUGAAAAAACGAUAAUCAUAAAAUGCUGUGUCAGCAAGAACCGAGCGUAGGCGUUCUGUGAGUCUUAGAAAAGAACAGGAAAAAAAAAAUAAUGAAGAGAUUUCCUAUGAAGUGCCUUGUACAAUGUAUUAAAAACUCUUCUGCCAGCGAUUGCCUCUGUAAGCCCUUCCUGCCCUGGUCCUGCAGUGUGCGAUGCACAGGGAGGGGAUAGGUUGGGAAAACAGCUGCCCAAAAGCUCCUCAAGGUCCCCACCAGGCUUGCUCUGUCGUCCCAUGCGUGGCACAUUGUGCAGCCAGGGCCGUGUUUUGUACAGCCAUCUUUUCCCCUGAGCUUAGUACCAAAGAUAACUCUAGCCUUGCAGCUUCAGCACGAGAAUAAACACUGGGGUAUUUUUAUACAUAUUUGUAUGUAAUGUAACUCUCCUGUACAUAUGUUUCUAUGUGGUUUUAUAUUUGUAAAUUAUGCUCUGGAGCUGUACUUAUUUAUAAUGUUUUCAACUUGGUUAAAGUUUAUUUUACUCCGUUUCCCCCUUCUUGUUGUUGUUGUUGUUGUUGUUUCGUUGGUUUUGAUUAUUUCUGUUGGUUUUGUUUUUGUUCGUUAGCGCAUUAAUAAAACUUUUCAGGCUGAACAGCUGUUGGGAAUAAAACGUUAACUUGUGGUGGA